AUGCGGGUCCUGCUGCUCAGGACAUGGACAGCAAACCCAAACGUUUUUAAGAGUGCUGUAUGCGCCACCUUAUGGACUUCAUACAGUGAGACAUACAAGCAGCAGAAAGCAUCCAAGAUGGCAAAUGAGGACAUCCUGGACAAACUGAGGAGUAUUGUGAGCUCUGGACAUCCCCAGAAUAAAUACUCAGAAGCUGAAAAACUCGGUGAAGGGGGAUAUGGAGCUGUUUAUCGAGCUGUUGAAAUCACCACAGAGCGAGAGGUGGCCAUAAAGCACAUGAAUGUCAGGAAGGAGUCUGAAAGGGUUCUAAUGAACGAAAUCCUGAUUGUACGGGAAUAUAAGAACCCGAACAUUGUCAACUAUCUAGAUAGCUAUGUGGUGGGUGAUGAACUGUGGCUGGUUCUGGAAUACCUGGCUGGUGGCUCCCUGGCUGAUGUCCUGAUGACAGUGUAUAUGGAUGAAGGACACAUAGGAGCUGUCUGUAGGGAGUCUCUGCAAGGCUUGGAUUUCCUUCAUUCUAAUGGGAUCAUUCACAGAGACAUCAAAAGUUGUAACAUACUGCUUGGUAUGGAUGGGUCUGUCAAACUGGCUGAUUUUGGCCUUUGUGCUCAGAUCACCCCUGAGCAGAAUGAAAGGAUGACAUGUUGUGGAACUCUCCACUGGAUGGCACCAGAAAUGGUGAACAAUGAGCUGUAUGGGCCCAAGGUAGACAUUUGGUCCUUUGGCAUAACUACAAUAGAGAUGGCUGAAGGAGAUCCACCAUAUGCCUGUGAAGCACGUAGCAAGGUGAACAAUCUGAUUGCUGUUAAUGGGACACCAAAGCUGCAGAACCCUGAUGAACUGUCUGAGGCACUUCUCGACUUCCUCCACUGCUGCCUCGAAGUGGAUGUGUACAGACGAUGGUCUGCCAAGGACCUUCUGCAGCAUCCUUUUGUCACAUCAGCAUGGCCAGUCUCCAGCCUGAUUCCGCUGAUCAUGGCAGCAAAGGAAGAGAAAAAUGGCAUCAGUGGUUGA